GCCAAUGUAGCUCAGGAACAAAGGUCAGUAGGUGGCUUCCAUUGGGGUUGCUGGUUUACUUUCCCAAAACUCCUCAAAACACCAAUUUUCUUCAAUCGCUCAACAUUUUCAACUCAUCUAAAAACAUUCAUUCAAAACAAAAAAUCAACUCGAUGGCCCCAGGAGUGCCUGUAGAUGUCUUCUCGGGCAGUGGCAAGAUUUCUACACGGAACACGGGCUAUUCCAAAAGGGCCUACGUGACUUUUUUAGCCGGCAAUGGUGAUUAUGUUAAAGGAGUGGUGGGGUUGGCUAAGGGCUUGCGCAAGGUGAAAAGUGCAUAUCCUCUGGUUGUUGCAACUUUGCCUGAUGUCCCUGAAGAGCAUCGUGAGAUCUUAAGAUCUCAGGGAUGCAUCGUUCAUGAAAUCGAGCCCAUUUAUCCGCCGGAAAAUCAGAUUCAAUUUGCCAUAGCCUACUAUGUCAUCAACUAUUCCAAGCUCCGCUUAUGGAAUUUUGAGUACAGCAAGAUGAUAUACUUGGAUGCUGAUAUCCAAGUGUUUGAGAAUAUUGACAAUCUUUUCGACACAGCAGACGGGUAUUUCUACGCUGUAAUGGACUGCUUCUGUGAGAAGACAUGGAGCCACUCGCCGCAGUACUCUAUUGGGUAUUGCCAGCAGUGCCCUGAUAAAGUUUCAUGGCCGGCGGAGAUGGGAUCUCCUCCUCCUUUGUACUUCAAUGCCGGAAUGUUUGUGUUCGAGCCUAGCCGUUUAACCUAUGAAAGUCUCCUUGAGACUCUGCAGAUCACUCCUCCAACACCAUUCGCUGAGCAAGAUUUCUUGAACAUGUUUUUCCAAAAGAUUUACAAACCAAUUCCACGGGACUACAACCUGGUUCUAGCUAUGUUAUGGCGCCAUCCUGAGAAUGUUGAGCUUGAGAAAGUUAAGGUGGUGCAUUAUUGUGCUGCUGGUUCAAAGCCCUGGAGGUAUACUGGAAAGGAAGUUAAUAUGGACAGAGAGGACAUCAAGAUUUUGGUGAAAAAAUGGUGGGAUAUUUAUAAUGAUGAAUCUAUUGAUUUCAAGGCAGAAAAUCAUGCUUCAGAAGAGACAUAUUCAAGGGCAUCCAUCAUCUCUAAUAUGCCGGAACCUGCCAUUUCUCACAUUCCGGCUCCCUCCGCCGCUUGAAAAGUCGUUUGAUUUGAGGAGUGUUUAAGGUUGGUGUAACAGUAGCAGAUCUGUUAUACUUUUUUUAAAGGCUACUAGGCAUUUCUUUUUUGUGAAUUGUGAGAGUUCAUACAAGUACCAUAUGAUAUGACUAAAGGCAGUCCGUUUGCUCUGAUUUUCUUAAAAUGUCUACAAGAAUGUAUAAGUUAUAUCUAAUAUUAAAUACAUGUAUACGUGUACAAGAACUUCCA